AGCCCAACAUCAAACAGGACCAACGCGUGCACACUGACCUUUCCCUGUGUCUCGUCUUCCUAGUUCAGGUCUCACCGCAAGCACCUCGAUACGGCGGAGUCGUGGGGAACCGUGGAGGUGAGGUCGUGAGGAGAGGAAAAUUUCCACCGCCGUGCAGCCAUGUCGGUGCAGGAGUACCUGGAGAAGCACCUGCUCUCGCGCAAGAUCGAGGAGGCCGUGAACGCGGCGGUCCGCGCCAAGGCCCCCGACCCGGUGCUCUUCAUCGCGGGCCACAUGCGGCGGGCGGCGCCCGCCGUGAUCACGAGGGUUCGGGCGCGCCAGAUCCUUGACGGGCACGGCGCGCCGGCUGUCGAGGUUGAGUUGCACACCAACAAGGCCAUACACCGAGCAUCCGCGGCCGGCUCGGGCGCGCUCGAGGGCGCCGCCGCCGACGCGGCCGGGGCCGCCGAGAGGCGGAAGAUACUCGCCAAGGUGGUCGCCGACUCGGUGCGGAUGAUCAAUGACAAGGUAUCGGAGGCGCUCGUUGGGAUGGAUCCGCAGGAGCAGUCGCAGAUCGACCAGGCUAUCAUGGACUUGAACAAGGCGCGCCACAAGGCUGAGCUUGGAGUUGGAGCAAAUGCUAUGCUGGCAGUGUCAAUUGCAGCUUGCAAAGCUGGUGCUGCUGAAAAAGAGGUUCCACUCUACAAGCAUAUAGCGAAUCUUGUUGGCAAAAGCGCUACAACUCUUCCUGUACCUGCAAUUACAGUCAUUAAUGGUGGAAAGCAUGCUGGAAAUGGUCUUCCCAUUCAAGAAAUUAUGAUCCUUCCUAUUGGUGCUAAGAACUUUGAAGAAGCAAUGCAGAUGGGUUCUGAGACCUAUCAUCAUCUCAAGGAUGUUAUUUUGGAGAAAUAUGGCUCAGACAGCUGCAACAUUGGAGAUCAUGGUGGGUUUGCUCCAAAUAUUUCCAGCAUAUCUGAAGGCCUGGAUCUUGUCAUUGCGGCAAUAGAGAGGGCUGGAUAUAAUGGAAGAAUAAAAUUGGCAAUUGAUGUUGCUGCCACUGAUUUUUGUACAGGAAAGAAAUAUGACCUGGAGUUCAAAUCAACAAAGAAAUCAGGGCAGAACUUUAAAACUGCUGAUGAUAUGAUUGAGAUCUAUAGCCAGCUUUGUUCAGAGUACCCACUUGUCUCCAUUGAACAGCCCUUCGAUAAAGAUGACUGGGAGCACUCAAAAAAAUUGACCACUCUAGAGCUGUGCCAGGUUGCAGGGGAUGACUUGUUGAUGUCUGAUCCUGAACGCAUUAAGCGGGCAGUUAAUGAGUACACUUGCAACGCUCUUGUUCUCAAGGCAAAUCAAGUGGGCACUGUCACUGAGGCCAUAGAGGUUGUGAAGCAGGCAAAGGAUGCUCAUUGGGGUGUGAUGGUGUCACAUAGGUCGGGAGACACUGAAGAUUCUUUCAUUGCUGACCUGGCUGUUGGUGCUUCAGCCGGACAGAUCAAAGCCGGUGCCCCCUGCCGUGGAGAGUGUCUCACUAAUUACAAUCAGGUUUUUCUGUCUGUUGGAUCCUUUACAUUUCUAUUUCUAGCUGCUUAGAAUCGAGGGAGAACUUGGAAGUGAAGGCGUCUAUGCAGGGGAGAAUUGGAGAACAGUCAACACGAGCUGAUCUGUGGUAUCGUUUGAGUUGCGGGGAGAAUUGGAAAUAUUGAUCCGCCUUCGUAUGUAGCCACUUAGCUUUUCUUUGUUUUCUUGUCCAAUUGCGUGAGUUCGUCCUCGGCAAGUAUAUGGAAAUAGGGUGGUGAAAUGUACCAUUUUUUACUAGAUGAUGGCAAUUGUUGUUGAACAUACAUAUAGUGGAUGCACUGGUGGGGUUUACAUCUUUUGUUUUCUUCAACUUGGAUUUGUUUAAUUUAUGUAUAGCAUGGGUUAUAAACAUGGAUACUGAACUGUAA